UAUAAAAACGCAAGUACAAAUAUAUUUUGUAUCAUACCUUCUCUGAUAACUCAUAAUACAACAACCACAAAAAUGGCCUUCAAGUUUGUGGUACUCGCCUGCUUGGUAGCCGCCGUCAGUGCCGGAGUCAUCCCGGUAGCACCUCUGUCUUAUGCCGCCCCGGCAUACCACGUCGCUAAAGUGGCCGCCGUCUCCCCUGUCGCCAGAGUAGAAGAGUACGACGCGCAUCCUCAAUACAGCUUCGCCUACGACGUACAGGAUGGUGUCACCGGAGACUCCAAGAGCCAGCACGAGUCGCGCGACGGAGACGUCGUCCAGGGUUCCUACUCCGUCGUCGACCCCGAUGGCACCAGGCGCACCGUUGACUACAGCGCCGACCCCCACAACGGUUUCAACGCCGUCGUACGCAAAGAGCCCCUCGCUCACGUUGCUAAAGUCGCCGCUGUUGCUCCUGUAGUUCACGCUGCUCCCGUGGUCCACGCCGCUCCCGUGGUUCAUGCUGCCCCCUUAGCUUACUCCGCUCCCGUUGUCCACGCUGCCCCCGUAGUCCACGCUGCCCCGAUUGUCCACGCUGCCCCUGUAGUCCAUGCCGCUCCCAUUGCCUACGCAGCUCCUAUUUACCACCACUAAUUUAUGUGGAACGUAUCAUAAAACGAUCUAUAUUUAUUUAUGUUUAAUAAACCAAAAAUAUGUUAAUAAGCAAAUAAUAAAUUCAAUGAUCGAAAUGAAA